CCGGCAAGUCCGCUGCUUCACCCUCUUCUCCUACAUCCUCUCUCUACCGAUCUGCUUGUUCUUCCGCUUUCUAACGCAACCCUAUAAUAAGAGACACGUUCAGGCAAAAAGCAUUUAUCUUGCAGGUGUAUCUGUAUGUUUCUCCCACGCUGUGGCCUGAAAUAUGCUGCUUGUUGCAGGGAAAAGUUUCUGACAACCAGCAGCUUCUCGUUGAAGUCAGUUUUUUUUUAUUCAUUUUAAUAUUUUCCCCUCUUAAAUUACUGUGAACUGCUAAACCCGUCUCUAAAUCAAGUCAGUUGGCGUGCAGAGUCUGGAGGCGCUGGACUGAUAACCUAUAUCUGUGUGUUUGGAGGAUUUUCUCCCCCCCCGUUUCAUCCCCAAGCACCGGGCGCGAUGAGAAGCUGGAGCCGCCGGAGGAACUUUGCCUUUCUGGGCUUUGCGCUUAAUGUCUGGUGUCUAUCCACGGCCCUGGAACAUGUCAAGAAUGAGGUUUUCAGCAUAAAGGAGGGAAGUACUCCAGACAAGGCUAAGCAGCAGGAGGAUGCAGCCAAACCACAUCGCCAUGAGACCACGGUACCUCUGAUGCUGAAGGGCAAAGAGCGUAAACCUCUCAGCCAGCUCACCCCUGGGAUUUAUCCUGUGUCACUCCAGCUGGUGGUGUUUGCAGAAGGCGAAGAGCUGAUCCUGUUGCUGGAGAAGAAUGAGGGUCUUUUUGCGAGCCACUACACUGAGACACAUUACAGGGAGGAUGGAAGUGCAGUCACCGAUACUCACAACUUCACGAACAACUGCUACUACCAUGGGGAGGUACGGGAGCAUCCCAACUCUGAUAUAACCCUCAGUGCCUGCUCGGGCCUUCGAGGCUUCAUUGCACUUGAAAACAAGACAUUUAUUAUCCAGCCUGUGUCUGGCCAUGUCGCUGGGGCCCACUUCAUUUACCGCGUGGAAAAGCUCAGAGUGACCCCUGGAGCCUGCGGCCAUGGCUUUAAUUUGUCCUCUGUUGCCCCUGAAACCCACAUCAAAAGCCCUUUCCAGUCCUUUCAUACAAGGCAUAAAAGGCAUGCUCAGAAGACUACCAAAUACGUGGAGCUGAUUAUCGUUGCAGACAACAGAGAGUUUCAGAAACAGGGGAGGGACUUGGAGAAAGUCAAACAGAGGCUGGCAGAGAUAGCCAAUUAUGUGGACAAGUUUUACAGGACGCUAAACAUCAGGGUAGCUCUGGUAGGUCUGGAGGUGUGGAGUGACUCUGAUAAAUGUUCCAUCACUCAAGAUCCCUUCACCACCUUGCACGAGUUCCUGGACUGGAGGAAGGUGAAACUACUGCCCCAGAAGCCUCACGACAACGCUCAGCUCAUAAGUGGAGUUUACUUCCAGGGCACCACUAUCGGUAUGGCGCCCAUUAUGAGCAUGUGCACAGUUGAGCAGUCUGGAGGCAUUGUCAUGGAUCACUCUGAGAACCCACUGGGUGCAGCCGUGACUUUGGCACAUGAGCUGGGACACAACUUCGGCAUGAACCAUGACACCCCGGAGCGUGGUUGUGGCUGUAGGAUGACAGUAGAUCGUGGAGGCUGCAUCAUGACCCCCUCCACAGGGUACCCAUUUCCAACAGUGUUCAGCACCUGCAGCAAGAAGGACCUUGCAGCCAGUCUGGAGAAAGGAGUGGGCAUGUGUUUGUACAACAUGCCAGAGGUCAAGGUGCUUUAUGGAGGACAGAAGUGCGGCAAUGGCUAUGUGGAGGAGGGAGAGGAGUGCGACUGUGGGGAGCCAGAGGAAUGUAUGAACCCCUGCUGUAACGCCACCACAUGCACCCUCAAGGGAGAUGCCGUGUGCGCCCAUGGGCAAUGCUGUGAAGAUUGCAAGCUCAAACUGGCUGGCACCAUGUGCCGAGAGUCCAGUAACUCAUGUGACCUGCCUGAGUUCUGUACUGGAUCCAUUCCUCACUGCCCUGCCAACGUUUAUCUGCAUGACGGACACGCGUGCCACAACGUCGACGGCUAUUGCUACAACGGCAUCUGCCAGACUCAUGAGCAGCAGUGCAUCACCCUGUGGGGACCAGGAGCUAAACCUGCUCCUGGGAUCUGCUUUGAGAGAGUCAACUCUGCAGGGGAUCCUUAUGGGAACUGUGGGAAGGACCCCAGAAGUUCCUUUGCCAAAUGUGAUGCAAGGGAUGCAAAAUGUGGUAAAAUUCAGUGCCAGGGUGGAGCCAACCGGCCAGUGAUUGGUACAAAUGCUGUCUCCAUUGAAACCAAUAUUCCACUUCAGGAAGGAGGACGUAUUCUGUGUCGUGGGACACAUGUGUACUUGGGUGAUGACAUGCCAGACCCUGGGCUUGUUCUAGCAGGAACAAAGUGUGGAGACAACAUGGUGUGCUUGAACCGGCAGUGCCAGAACGUCAGUGUCUUUGGCGUGCUCGAGUGCUCCGGAAAAUGCAAUGGACGAGGGGUGUGCAACAACAAGAAGAACUGCCACUGUGAAGCACAAUGGGCUCCUCCAUUCUGCGAGAAACCUGGCUUCGGUGGGAGCAUUGACAGUGGGCCAAUGAGACUGGCAGAUGUGCGUGUGUGUGUAUUAAUGUGCGUGUUGUCAUAUAUGGCAUCAGCCGACAGCGUGUCCAUUACCGUGGCGGUCCUGGUCACCCUGGUCAGCCUCCUGGCGGCCACCGUCGUCAUCUUUUUGAAGAGGAAAGCUCUGCUGCGUCUCUUCUUCAGCAACAAGAAGAGCACGUUGGAGAAACUCAGAUCUGUGGAGGCAACCAGACCUACCAGCCCCAUCAGGACUGAGUCCAGGUACAGACCCACACCACAACGCAAGCCUCCACCCAAACCCUCAUCAGCCAAUAUUUAUAAGCCUUCUUUCCUGAGUGCAGAGCCUCUGCUCCCUGCUCACAACUUCCACUCCCACAGCCUGCGCAGACUGCCUCUCUACCAGCCCCUGCACAUCAGCCAGCCCAUGCCCGUUUCUCUGAGCGUGGGCCAGCCCACCCUGCCUCCUCUGCCAACCCAUCACCACCGAGUCCUGCCCAGCCACUCAUCGGUCUCACCUCUUCCAGUGCCGCCUUUUCUCAGCCUGCCACGCAAGCAUCCUUUGUACAGAGUGGAGCAGGACUUUGAGAAGCCCAGUCCACCACAGAAACCUCUGCCUGCUGAUCCGUUAGAGAGGAGCUCUCGGCUUGGUUACAGUGUUACACCAUCAGGGGCCCACAUCCCAGGGACUGGAGCCAUCCCAGUAUCUAUCCCCACGAUUCCUAUGUCUCCACCCAGCAUCCCUUUACCAAACAGACCUGUGCCAGCGUUGCCCUACAGACCACCAAAGACUCAGGACUGCUGAGCUCUUGAAGUGGAUGAGUCGAAGAACAAAAAAUCUCACAAGGAAAAACUUUCUCAUUUUGCACUAAUUCUUGAGAUGAGACUCUGUUGGACCACGGAAGGAAUUACAAAGUUUCUGGGAAGAAAGGGGAUGACCAUCACAUCUUGGUGCUACACCUCUAAAAGGUGCUUUGCUGUCCUCACUCAGGUACCGAUGAACUAUUUAUCUAUUUAAUUAUUUGACUCUGCCAGUAGAACUGUGUGCACAGAUGAAGAAUUUUCCACAAGGAGAAUUUGAGAUAAAGAGGAAAAAAAUUUAAUUUGUUAUAUUUGCUUUACAUUAUUUGGUGGUUUUUGUACUUUUUUUUAAAUAAAUCCUGAAAUUCAUGAUUCUUUUGUUACAACUGAUUUCACUUGAGUGAUGGAACUGUUGACAAAAUCAAACUUAAAUGAAAAUUAAAUUUAGCAGUGUUAUUUAUUUAUUCUGUUCAUGGGGUUUUCAAUAUCCAACAUAUUCUCUGGAUUCUUAUUUGUCACUGUUCUUGGAAAAGAAAAAAAUAAUCAGUUAUAUACAAUAAAAUACAGUUUUCAAAAUGAAGCUGGAUGAAAAAUUAUUCUAAUUGGCUCACAUGGAGGCACCCAGCUUCACUUUCAUACGCGUCAGACAGGUUCUGACGUAGUGCUCUGGGCAUGUGUUUGGAUGCUCGACAUGUUCUCCUGCAGAGAUCAAGCAUCGACGGACUGAUCGUGUUCCAGAGAAUUCUUUCAGCAACUAAUCAUCAGUGCUAACGCUGGUGUUUGUAUGUUUAACGUUCACGCUUACUUUGUCCUCCAUGCUGAGAGCCAAGCCAGAUGACCUCAGCGCUGUCAGCUAUAUGUUUUACUGUUACAUUGUUGUUGUUUUUUUCCCACUCUCUUGUUCUUUUAUGAUGUUUCUAUUUGAUUUUUGAAUUGCUUGGCUGUUUAUCCCUAUGCAUUUACAGCAUUAAAUAUGUGAUUUAUAGCAUUGUGUUGCAAUUCCGAGCACUUUUCCAGUUCAUCCGUAAAUCCACAAAAUAAUUGAAGUCAGCUUCGUUUUUCUUUACAAAUAUGUACUGUUCUUUUUAGGAAAGUGUGAAACAGUCUGAAUAAUGGCUCACUGUUGGAAAAUAAACGUUGAAGCUGUGUGAAGUAUGUGGUAAAUGUGUUUGCCAUUUGUAAAAGUUGUUCUAUGUUCAUCAAAUUCAUUAUAAAAUGUAAAUAUUGUCUCUGUUACCAUUUUAUUCUUCUAUUUUAUUUUUAUCUCUCAUUUUUUUACAAGCACAUAAAUGUAAGAACUGCGCUGAGGUUGUUCCCCAUUUAUACUUCUCAGUGAGAAAUGGAUUUUUAACAGUUCAGCAUUACAAAAUAACUUUGAGCCCUGACUGUUGAAUUCAGACCCCAAAUAAAAGUUUUUUUUUCUGUGAUGAUAAUAAA